CAGUGAGCAACAGCAGCUCGACCUCAAGGUGCGACAAGAAGUAAGCAGCCCAGGGAGGCAGGCCACCCGCAGGCCGGACGCGCGUCUUAGCCAUUUCAGGCCGAAGCUGAUCUCCUGAUAAGCAAGCGCGGCACGGUACGGCACAAACAAGGGAAGGUGCUGCUGAGUGUCUCUCUCUCCUUGUGUGAUCGCUAAGAACGCUCAGCCUCAAGCAAGCACACACAAAGGAGUUGGAAGCAUGGAGGACGAUGCUGCUGCAGCGACGAGCAUGGCUGAGAAGAACGUGGCCGUCCCCGUCGCGGUGGCGACGAAUGGUGCCGGCGAGAACGACAAGGUGGAGGAUCUGCCGGCGCCUGCACUGCCCAGCGGGUCGAGGAAGACGGGGCUCUAUCUUUUCAUCAUGGACAUCAGGAGUGUCUUCAAGCUCGAUGAGCUCGGAUCGGAGGUGUUGCGCAUUGCGGUGCCGGCCUCGCUCGCUUUGGCGGCUGAUCCGCUUGCUUCCUUGGUGGACACAGCGUUCAUCGGCCGUUUAGGUUCGGUGGAGAUUGCUGCUGUUGGUGUCUCGAUUGCCAUAUUUAACCAAGUCUCCAAAGUCUGUAUCUACCCCCUUGUUAGCGUAACAACAUCAUUUGUCGCAGAGGAAGAUGCUAUCAUUAGCAAAACUAUUGAUGAAAACAGCAGCCAAGACCUGGAGAAAGCUUCUCAUGUGGAUUCAGAAACCACCAAUUUGCCUGUAUCUGGUCCUGACAGGGCAGAAUGUGUCAGUUCAUGUAUCCCCGCAGAGUGUACAGAUCUCUCCAACCAAGGGUGCAAAAGGAAGUACAUACCUUCGGUCACAUCAGCGCUAAUAGUUGGUUCCAUUCUUGGGCUGCUUCAGGCCAUCUUCCUGAUUUUUUCAGCGAAAUUUGUACUAAGUAUCAUGGGUGUGAAAUCUGAUUCGCCAAUGCAAAUACCUGCGGUUCGCUACCUAACAAUAAGAUCACUUGGUGCCCCUGCUGUGCUGCUGUCUCUGGCCAUGCAAGGGGUUUUCCGGGGUUUCAAGGACACCAGGACACCGUUAUAUGCUACUGUGGUCGGAGAUGCAACAAAUAUCAUACUAGACCCAAUUUUGAUGUUUGUUUGCCAUAUGGGUGUCACUGGUGCAGCUGUUGCUCAUGUUGUUUCUCAGUACCUGAUAACAUUGAUACUGUUGUGUCGGCUCGUCCGGCAAGUUGAUGUUAUCCCUCCUAGCAUUAAAUCCCUGAAAUUUGGGCGGUUUCUUGGAUGUGGAUUCCUACUGCUUGCAAGAGUUGUAGCAGUGACGUUCUGCGUCACCCUGGCGGCGUCGCUGGCUGCUCGCCAUGGACCAACCAUCAUGGCAGGCUUCCAGAUCUGCUGCCAGCUCUGGCUUGCCACGUCUCUUCUUGCUGAUGGAUUGGCCGUGGCAGGACAGGCAGUGCUUGCAAGUGCGUUUGCCAAGAAUGAUAAGAAGAAGGUGGUCAUCGCGACAUCUCGUGUACUGCAGCUGAGCAUUGUCCUUGGCAUGUGUCUCACUGUUGUGCUGGGGCUUGGCAUGAGGUUUGGAGCUGGCAUUUUCACAAAGGACCUGCCCGUGAUCGAAGUCAUUCACAAAGGCAUCCCGUUUGUAGCAGGCACCCAGACGAUAAAUGCCCUGGCCUUCGUGUUCGAUGGCAUCAACUUUGGAGCAUCAGACUACACAUUCUCUGCUUACUCCAUGGUUGGCGUAGCGGCUGUAUCAAUACCGUGUCUGGUAUACCUGUCUGCGCAUAACGGAUUCAUCGGUAUAUGGAUCGCAUUGACGAUCUAUAUGAGCCUGAGGACCAUAGCUAGCACCUGGAGGAUGGGGGCAGCGAGGGGACCAUGGGCGUUUCUCCGGAAGUGAUGGAUUGCAUUCCAAGAUUGAGGAUGGUUGAUCCCAUGUAAAAUCAGCAUAUAUAGUAUAUAUAGUAUGUGUCGUGUCGCUGUUUAAGCUUCGGGUAUCGGAGUUAGAUGGAGCUAUUGCUUCUCGAUCGUCUGAGCUGUGGGGAGAGUUUACAUUGUCCCAGUGAUUUCAUGAUAUUGUUGUGCGCCAGUGAUGGGAAUUUAAUAUUAUACAUGGGUACAUUGGUCUCUCUA